AUGGCUGAUAAGGUGGUUCUGCCCCUCCUGCUGGUACGUAUCCUGGGGAGAUCCAAAAGACAAAAAAUCGAAUCUGGACUAGCGCCAGAAAAAAACAGGUGCUUCCCCUUCUCUGCAAGCUCUCGAAAAUCGAGACGCGUCUUCCUCCAGCCGUCAGUCGAGAAACAGUUUCAAGGCGGGGUCAACACGCAGUCCAAACACCUCACAAGGGUCCGUGUCUACCUCUAG